AUGUCUUUUCAGGCACCAGUUGGGACGUGCAAAGCCACCAUCCCCGGUCUAGGAACGGUGGACGGCUUGGAAUAUGCCAAUGGCGUCCAGCAAUUUUGCGGCAUUCCCUAUGCACAUCUCUCCAAGCGCUGGACACGGUCAACACUGCAAAAUAAAUGGAAUGACGAAUAUCAUGAUGGAACAAAAUUAGGCAACGAUUGUCCAAGUCCCAUUGUCGAUGGAGAUGAUAGCGAUGACUUGGUCCCCGUACCACCACCAGCGCAUUUCAACCAGUCUCGGGCCGUGGAUGAACAGUCCGCUCUCGUCAUGAAUAUCGUGAUUCCGCAUUCCUUGAAGCCAGAUGUCGAAAGCCUUCCGGUAUUCGUCUAUGUCCACGGCGGCUCCCUGUUGUAUGGGGGUGCAAACCUCCCAAUAUUCGACGCGGUAAACCUUGUUUCUCAAAGCAUUGUCAUCGGUAUGCCCAUCAUCUGCAUAAACUUCAACUACCGCGUCGGCAUCGGUGGAUUUCUCGCUGGAAAAGUCAUCGCAGAGGAACUCAAGCAAGACGGGUUCGCGGGAAGCGGAAAUUUCGGCUUCACGGACCAGCAAGUUGCUUUCGAUUGGGUGCAGCAAUACAUCGAAUUCCUUGGAGGCAAUCCCCUGAAUGUGACCGCCGUUGGCGAGUCUGCGGGUGGCAUCUCAAUCAGUAACCAGUUGCUCUCAGCGAACCCGCCAGUCUUCCAUCGGGCUGCAUGCAUGUCUGGUCUAUCUGCAGCCAUUCCCGCAUGGACUAUUGAGCAACAUGAUCUGUUUUUCCAGGCUACCUGUCGUCAAUUCAGCAUUGAUCCAUCCGCGCCUGAAGCUUUAGAUCAACUUCGGGCUAUUCCCCAACAGGAACUUGCAAACACAACUCCAACUAUUCAGGGAGUUCCCUUGGGAACGGGAAAUCCGUGUCUAGACGGGUGGUUUUAUCGCGCUGGAGUCAAUCCCCGAGAAGUCAACACCCCGCCUGCGUGGCUGAAGGGUUAUAUGUUCGGUGAUACAUACCAUGAGGGUGUUAUUUUUCAUCUAAACCUGCUCGAUGAAAACUACCAUUCUGUCCGCCGAGUUCUCCAGGCUGAUAUUAACAACGACGCCUAUACAGAUAAGAUUCUGGCAGCAUAUGAAAUCGAAAUUGACUUAUCGCAAGAUGAAUUUUUGAAACGCGUGGAACAUAUGUGCGGUGACGCGAUUUUUAAGGUUCCAAACUAUUUGCUUUCCCAGGUGGCAGGAGAGGCUUCUUUUCUCUAUCACUUUGACCAGCGGUCGCGUCUUCAAAAUCCUCUUGAGGGAACCGCUUACCAUGCUCACGAGUUGCUUUAUCUUUUUAUGAACUUGGAGAAUGAGUUCAACGAGGAGGAGAAGCAGAUGGCUCGUGAAUUUUCCUCGGCUUGGAUUCGAUUCACAAAUGGCUUCGCGCCGUGGAGUGUGGAGCGCCAGGAACGUAAAUGGAUGGUUUGGGGGCCAAGCAGUAAAGUACAAUUGAAAAGCGAGGCUGAAGAUCAAGAAGCGCGUGAUUAUCGGCGGAUUCGCGAGAUUUUGCAGUUGGAUGGAGGGGCAUGUUGGAAAAGAUGGUUGGCUGGAGUGGACGCGUUGGUCAAUCGGCGGUGGAAGCUGUUUGGUCAAGCUCAAGUAGAAUAUCCGAAAUGA